AUUGCGUCAAGGCGCGCGCGAGGUUGUCGCCGGCCGCUAGUUGCUGCGUUGCGGCGCGGUCGCCAGCUGCUGGUCGCUGACUCCGACUCGCAACAAGUGUCUGUGCGCGUGGCGGCGGGUGUGUGCGAGUGUCUGUGUUUACCUGGAGAGAGGGCGGGCGUGCGGGUCGGCCCCCUGUGUGAACUCGUUAGCGCUGUUUGCACCGAGGCGGAAGCGAGCGUCGGAUACAUACCGCAUGCGGUGUGCAGCGCAGAACCCGCCAGUGGUGUAGUAGGUGCCAGGCUGUUAGGAAUCUGUGCUCUUCAGCAGCAGCUGGAACUACAACCGCCACUGAGGGACAACGUCGGUAUACACGACGUACAAAGGUGCCCGAAGUCUGCACAUGGCUGUUAUCGUAGAAGUGACUGGAGUAUCAGAUAGUGCAAUGAAACCAGGAAGCUUUUAACAGGCGUAAGUUGGAGCGGUGAUUGAAGACAAAGCAGAUAUCAAUCUUAAUAGCUGUACGAUGUCGUCACUGGUGCGUUUAGGGUCGAGGCUGCACAGGAUCCCAAAACGGUUGUUGGGCACAGCUGCAGCCAAGAGCUACAAUGCCGGUAAGCGUAAGGGUGUCGUGGCGGUCACUGCAGCGUGCGCCAUCGGCAGCGCUGCGGCUGUGUACGCAGCGAGCCGCACGGGGAAGCUGGAGGCUGCCAACGCGGAGGAGCUGCCGAAGGAAGAGCAGAAGGGUCCGGUCAUUGGGAAGCUCGCCUACCGCGAACAGAGGUUCAUAAAGUUCGCGUCCGUCGAGUUCGACGGGCAGGUCUACAUGACGCCUCAGGACUUCCUAGAGUCGGUGUUGGACCAGGAACCGCGGCCCCGGCUCAAGAGGCGACAACUGAGCGAGGCGGACGUGGUCGCCUUCCGCGAGGCAACCCCUCCACUCGACGCGGGGUCGCCAGCCAUGUUCCGCACCGUACGCGACCGGGGACUCAUCUCGUACACGGAGUACCUCUUCCUGCUGUCUGUGCUCAUCAAGCCCCGCAGUGGAUUCGUCAUCGCCUUCAACAUGUUCGACACGGACGGUAACCGGCGUGUCGACAGGUCCGAGUUCCACAUCAUCGAGGACAUCUUCAUCCAGACGUGGAGGGGCAAGAAGCAGCAGUUCUGGAAGGUCAACAACAACAACAACAACUUCCGCCGGCGGCAGGCGUCGCAGGAGGGUCACUCGCAGGACGGCAGCAGCGGCGGGCACGCCGUAGACACCUUCCUCACUGUCCACUUCUUCGGCAAGUCCGGCAGAGAGGUGCUGCGCUACGAGGACUUCGAAAAGUUCAUGGAGAACCUGCAGAAGGAGGUCGUCGAGCUGGAGUUCGCCGAGUUCUCCAAGGGCGCCGAUCGCAUCUCCGAGAUGGACUUCGCCAAGAUCUUGCUGCGGUACACCUACCUCGACUCUGCCGAGUGCAAGGCUUACCUCGACCGCCUGCUGCUCAGGAUCAAGGAGGAGAAGGGGAUCGGCUUCGACGAGUUCUGGGCCUUCUGCCAGUUCCUCAACAACAUCGACGACUUCACGGCGGCGGUGAACAUGUUCAACGUGGUGGGCCGGCCCGUCGCCGAGCACGAGUUCUUCCGCGCCGUCAAGAUCUGCGGCGGCGCGGGCGUCAGCCGGCACCUCGUCCACACCGUCUUCCAGAUCUUCGACGUGGACGGCGACGGCCGGCUGAGCCAGCGCGAGUUCGUCGCCAUCAUGAAGGACCGCCUGCGCAGGAGGUUCAAGGCGCAGCCCACCCGCGAGAGGUGGGAAAGCUUCAAGGCCUGCAUCAAGAACGAGAUGAAGUCGAUGGUUUGAUGAUGUCUGCAUCCCCCACGCCAAAUGCAUUACGAAUGUGAUGAGGGCAAUGGUUUGAUGGCGGUCUGCGUCCAAAUACUGAGCUGCUCAAGACUUUGUACACCGGGAAAUAACAUUGUCUGGAUAAACUGGAACUAAAAUUAUAUUUUUUGAACCAGGAAUGUAACUAAAAUUUACGAAAAUGUUCUGUUGCAAGUAUAAUGCACAGUGUUAUGUUUGUUGAAAUGUUGCCAAGUAACUAAUUCCCUACAGGAGACUCAGGGCAAAGCCCAUCAUGGAUAUUUGGUACAUCUUCUGGGUUUCCACGAGAAUAAACUGGAAAAAAUUGUCUGAUGUUCAUAACUUCCAAAAAUGCAUUUGUAACUAAAACUCUAACCAAGCAUUUAAAUUCAUGCCUUUUUUUUUCGAACCAGGUUUGUAAUUGAAAUACUGAAGAUAUUGUGAUGUAAUAAAGAUUUGAACAGUUAGAAAGUUGCCCAAAUAAAGUCAGUAGCGCACCUCCUGUACGUAAUAAGAAUGUCUUUUAAGGGAUGCAAUAUGAUUUGUCACCUAACCAGAUUAAGCAAAAAUCAAUGCAAAUUAUGUCAACCUAUAAGAAGAGAGUGUCCGGCCCGAUAGCUGAGUGGUCACCGUGACGGAUUGUCGUCCUAUGGGCCCGGGUUCCAUUCCCGGCUGGGUCGGAGAUUUUCUCUGCUCAGGAACUAGGUGUUGCGUUGUCUUCAUCGUCAUUUCAUCCCCAUCCGGUGCGCAGGUCGCCCAAUGUGGCGUCGAAUGUAAUAAGACCUGCAGCAAGGCACCCGAACCUGCCCCGUACGGGGCCUCUCGGCCAAUGAAGCCAAACGCUCAUUUCCACUUCAUUUCCAUAAGAAGAGAGUUAAUGAUCUUCGCAGUCAUUAGUUAUAAAGGUUUUUGAGAGACCGAUACCAUUCUCGUUCGUUAUUUUUUUAUUUUAUCUUUGAACUAACACAUAACAUCAGGAUCAACACAACGAUAGUUAAAUCGAAAGAAGCUGCCCUUUGAUUGCCACCUUUAUCAAUGACAGAGUCGAGUUUGUUGUCGUAACCUGUCUUAAGUAUCCAUUGGAAGUUCAUGAACGGUGGUUAAUAAGAUCCAAGGUACAGCAGCAAUGGAGGCAACUGAACACACCACAAGAAGACACAGAUACCACAACAGUACAGUAUUAUGACACACAAAAACAGAUUAUUAAAAAAAGAAAAAAAGAAAA